AUGAUCAUCUACAGUAUGUUACAAAUGAUCGGAGAAAUUGUCGGAUUUCGAUUUCUAAUCAGUCAGGCAAUCACGGAUACGUUGCUUUUGAUACAGUUUGCUGUAUGGCCUGGCAUCACCAUUCUCUGUCAAGAUGAGAUACUACCAGUGGAAACGAGGUGGCACGUGCAUGUCUACUUAGAUUUCACGUGGUGGGCAAUGGUCUAUCACUAUACCGUAGUUGCUUGGUCCCGAUUGGCCGCUGUACAAUGGCCUAAUUGGUUCCGAGUGCUUCCGCCUUCUACGUGCGUGGCCAUUUGCAUCCUUCCAUGGAUGGUCGGGCUAGCGCAGUCGAUUGUUGAACAUCAGUUUCCCUGGUUCGUACCGCUCUACUUCAACCCUGAGCGGUACGGUAUGGACGCGGACUGGGUACAGUAUGAAGCAUCUGGCACUCAUAACUAUUAUAUGGUUUGGAAUGUAGUAUUAAUGGCUCUUCCCUUUCCAUUAUACGCUGCAGCUUUGAUGACUUUGUUUCGAAGGCAAGCAGAAAAGACGAUCAAACUUCGCCAAAGGAGCCCGAGAGGUAUAGCGCCAGCAUUAUUGUCUGUUCAAAGGCAGAUGAGCAUCGAGACACGGCUGUUGAUACCAUGCAUUAUCAAUACUGUAUUAUUCGUGGUGGGACAGAUAUUCAUUUCCGUAUGCUCCAAACAUGGAAAAUGGAUGAACUGGGCUGUGAUGGUCGUUUUUACGGCCAAUUCUCUAGUUAAUCCAUUGUUGUACCUAUUCUUCAGUAGCGUGAUCCGAAAAGGCGUGGUGACAGCUUGUCGAGACAGACUUAGCGUCUCAGCAAUCUAUGACUAUGAGCUGCGAUCAUCCAGCUGCGAACAGAAAACCUCUUUGAUUCGAAUGAACCGCGAUUUCACUAUCACUUCACUGAAUCGAGUUCCCACCGUUGUCGCCUAG